UAUGAUAUUAUGAAUGAAAUUGUUUUCUUAAUUUCCUGUUCAAUUGUUCACUUUUAGUGUAUAGUGUUGCAGCUGAUUUUCAUGUGUUGACUUUGUAUCUGCCACUUUGUUGAAUCAUUUAUUAAUUUCAAGUUUUCUGUGCAAUCUUUAGGGUGUUCUAUAUAUGAGAUAGCAUCUGUGAACAGAGAUAAUUAUACAUCUUCUUUCCCAUUUUGGAUGCCUCAUUUUUGGGGAGAGGGCGGUUAUUUGCUCUGGCUAGAACUUUCAAUACUUUGUUGAAUAGAAAAGGUGAAAGCAGGUCUCCUUGCUUUGUUCCUAAUCUUAGAGGAACAGCUUUCAGCCUUUCACCACUGAGUAUGUUUGCUGUGGGUUUUUCAUGUAUGGCAUUUUAUUAUGUUGAGGUGGUUUCCUUCUAUUCCUAGGAUUCUGAGUGUUUUUAUCAUGAAAGAAUGUUGAAUUUUGUCACAUGCCUUUUCUGCAUCUAUUGAGAUUAUCAUGCGUUUUUUUCCUUCAUUCUCUUAAUGUGGCUUAUUACAUUGAUUAUGUAUACUGAAUCAUCCUUACACUCCACAAAUAAAUCCCACAUGCUCAUGGUGUAUAAUCCUUUUAAUAUGCUGCUGAAUUCAGUUUUCUAAUAUUUUUUUGAGGAUUUUUUUUUUUUUGGAGGAAUCAGUGUUCAUGAGGGAAGUUGAUCUGUAGUUUUCCUUUCUUGUAGUGUCUUUGUCUGCCUUUGGUAUCAGGGUAAUGAUGGCCUAAUAGAGUAAGAAAGUGUUCCUUCCUCUUUAUCUAUUUGGAAAAGCUUGAAAAAGAUCAGUAUUAUUUCCUGAGUGUUUGGUAAAAUUCACCAAUGAAGCCAUUGGGCAAGGGCCUUUCUUUGUCAGGAGAUUUUUAAAAAUUACUGAUUCAUCUUUUUACUAGUUAUAGGUCUAUUUGGAUGAUGUAGCUAUUUUCUCUGUGCUUACUGUGGACAUUGCAUUUAAUAUCUUACAUUAUAGUACUCUGAAUUUGUACCAGCUUAAACUCAAUAAUAUACAAAAACACUCUGCUAUUUUAACAGCUCUCUCUGAUAACAAAAUUUCCAGUCAUUUAUGUCCGCAUUUAUUUUUUCCUUGAAUAUAAUAUCAUGUAGCCUUUUAUUUUCAUAGUAACUACCAUGAUAAUGCAGUCCAUGGUUAACUAUUUUUUAAGUUUCAAUUAAGUGUCAUCUGAUCAUUGUAAAUGACAUUUUUCUUAUACUGAGAAUAUCUUCAAAUCCAACAAUUUUCAUCAAAAUAAAGAGGAUGAAACAUUACCAUGUGGCUUAUGGUUGAGAUUAUAUUUAAAGAUCACUGUAAUUCCCAACAUUAAAACAUGAUAAUUUAUAGUUUUCAGUUAAAUAGAGAUACGUUUUAAAAGUCAAAAUAAGCUUUUAACUGUAGAAAACAAAGUAUAUUUAAUUCAACAGUUUUAUGUUUGGAAUAUCUGAAUGACAGCAAAUUGCAGUUAGCAUUAUUCUAUGUAUUCUUCAUAGUAAUAAAAUGCAUAAAAGGAAAUUUAUACCACAUUAAACUACCUUGUACAUUAAAAUAUUGACAGUAUUGUCUAAAUCUAUUAGCAUUUAAAAAAGUAUCAAGUUCUGAAUUUGCUUCAUUUCAAGAAUAAGAGGGUACUGAUGUAUCUUAUAUUCCUGUACCUUUGUAAUGAGGCAAUUACUACAUUGGAAUUGCUAUUAAAAUUAUAAUCUGUUUUUUUUUAAAAAUAACAUCAUGUUUCAUCUACAUUUUAAUUAUCAAGUAAACAGUGACUUAGGCUUUCUGAUUAGGAACUUAUAUGAAUCCUUAUUUAUAUUAAUAUCCUUAAAUAUCCAUGGUACUUGAAGUAAAAAUGUUAAGGCCAUCCUUUUUAAAGUAACUUGUGAUAGUUUAUUCAGAUCACAUUUAUUAGUCAAAUUUUGAUGUAAUUAUGGGGUUCUGAUUAUAAAUUGCACUAAAGUUGAAAGAGAAAUUUAAUAGGUUUUUCUCAAAUAGUUUUUUUCUGAAAACCUAAUCUUCACUUUAGAUUUACAUUUAAAAAUUUGACUACAGAUUAUUAUAAUAUUCUCAGAUAUGUGUACUUGAUAUUGAUUCAAUGUUAAUUUUAUUCUUAUUGACAUAUGACAAUGACUUAAUAAGAAAAAAAGGUGCAGCUGAAAAUUUGAUAUAGGAAUAAAGAUCCAAGGGACAGUAGCUUAAUUUGGAAUAAUGACUUUUAGAGGCGAAAGUUAUUAGUUCAGCACUUAGAUGUUAUAUAACAAGAACAAAGGAAAAUGUCCCAAAUUUCAUUAUUCUAAGAUUUCAAGUAUCAAAAAGUGAUGUCGCUGUUCAUAAACACUGAAAGAAUUUUAAAUGUAUUUCAGAAAAAUUUCUAAAAAUAUCAUAAGUAAGUUCCUGGUAAUAUUAUUUUAAAAAUUAACACGCACAAUAUCCUAGAAUAAGGUGAACUUUAGUGGCCAAAGUGUUUUAUUUUAAAGCUCCAGUAUUCAUUUACAAAUAUUUAAUAAUAAAAACAUGAGCUGAUAAAUUGUUUUAAAUGAAAAGAUGUAAGGCUAUUGGUGCAUAUUUCUAUUUUCCCAAAAUCUAAUUGUAAUAUAUUUGUGACCACUGCUAAAGGACAGUAUUGAAUUACAUACUCUUAAGUGAGAGUGUACAGUCUUUAAAAGACAUAAUUGAAAGUGAUUGCAUUGAAUAAAUUGCAAAUGAAUAUAUAGCCUAUUUUGGAAAUCAAUGAAGAAUCUACAAUCUACAGCAUUAGCCACAUGAUGUCGCUGUAUACCACAAAGUCUUGUCAAUGUUAAGGUAUAGAUCACCAAAAACUAAGGGAGGAAGCUCCAUUUUGUUACAGCCUGAGAGAAGACAAAAACAGGAGACAUAUUAUUCAAGAUAUAAAGUAAAGAAAGCAUGAUUUUGAAGUGAGAGCGGUACCAAAGGUGUAGUGGUUUUGCGAUGCUGUUUCCUAGGCAAGGAGGCAAGGGAGCCCAGCGCCUGCUGCUCUUCGUUUUGCUCCUCGCAGCCUGGAAGACUGGGAAUGGUCAGGUCCACUACUCGGUCCCGGAAGAGGCCAAACACGGCACCUUCGUAGGACGCAUCGCGCAAGACCUGGGGCUGGAGCUGGCAGAGCUGGUGCCACGCCUGUUCCGGGUGGUGUCCAAAGGCCGUGGGGACCUUCUGGAAGUAAAUCUGCAGAAUGGCAUUUUGUUUGUGAAUUCUCGCAUCGACCGCGAGGAGCUUUGCGGGCUGAAUCUGGAGUGCAGCAUCCACCUGGAGGUAAUUGUGGACAGACCGCUGCAGGUUUUCCAUGUGGAGGUGGAGGUGAAGGACAUUAACGAUAACCCACCGGUUUUCAGAGGGAGAGAACAAAGGUUAUUUAUUCCUGAGUCUAGACUGGUGGAUUCACGUUUCCCGAUAGAGGGUGCUGCUGAUGCGGACAUUGGGACCAAUGCUCUAAUAACUUACACCCUCAGCCCCAGUGAUUAUUUCUCUUUGGAUGUACAGGCAAGUGAUGAACUAAGUAAGUCACUUUCACUUGAAUUGAGGAACUCUUUGGAUAGAGAAGAAACACCAGAACUUCGUUUAUUAUUGACGGCCACUGAUGGGGGCAAACCAGAGCUGGAAGGUACAGUUCAGCUGCUGAUCACAGUGCUGGACGUUAAUGAUAAUGCCCCAUUGUUUGCCCAGGCUGUGUAUAGAAUCCAUUUAUUAGAGACUACAGCAAAUGGAACAUUAGUGACUACAUUAAACGCCUCUGAUGCCGAUGAAGGUGUAAAUGGCGAAAUUGUCUUUUCCUUCGGCAGUGAUGUUCCCCUAAACAUUCAAAAAAACUUCAAAAUUGAUUCCAGCUCAGGAGAAAUUAGGCUAAUUGGUAGACUGGAUUAUGAAGAAACAAAAUCUUAUGAAAUUCAUGUAAAAGCAGUUGAUAAAGGAAGUCCUCCAAUGUCAAAUCACUGCAAGGUUUUAGUGAAAGUGCUAGAUGUAAAUGAUAAUGCUCCACAACUGGCAGUCACAUCUCUGUCUUUGCCAGUCAGAGAGGACACUCCACUCAGCACCGUCAUUGCUUUUGUUUCCGUGUCCGACCGCGACUCCGGUGUCAACGGGCAGGUGACCUGCUCUCUGAUGCCUCACAUCCCCUUCAAG